GUGGCUCUGGGGUUUGUCAUUUUGGGGACAGUCUUGUGAACUUGUGAUCUAUGGACGGGGAAAAUAGCAGCGUGGAUUUCAGGCAUUCUGCAAGUGGUUUUUCUCCUGCUGAGAGGCACGAUGCUCCUUCCCCACGGGGAACCACUGCAGCAACUGGUUAGGAUCCACAGACCCCCAGAACUGGGGGAAACACAGCAGCCAUCAACUUCUGAAUCAAUGUUGCGCGGGAACCACGAUGGAAGAUCUGUUUUUAAACAAAUGGGGACUCUUCCAGCUCCCACCAUCUGCCCGCGCUGGCACCGGGUCUUCCUGAAAGCCACUGCUCUGGGGCUGCUGCUGCUACUGCUGACUGCGCUCGGCGUGCAGGGUUGGUGGCUGGUGACAACGAGCAGGGCACAGCAACUGCCCCGACCCUCCCUGUCGCUGCACCCCAGCCAGGGGGUGUCCCUGGGGGACACUGUCACCCUGCGGUGCCACCUACCCCAGCCGGCUGCCUGGGUUGAGCUCUUCCAGGAUGGACUUUUGAGAUCCUACAAGGACAUGGACAAGCAUCAGGUCAUGGCUGAGUUCUCCUUGGUUUGUGUAAAGCUGGAAGAUGCAAUGAAGUAUUGGUGCCAGUACCGGGUUUUGGAGCCACCGGGGGUAUCAGAGAAGAGUGUCCCCAUCGAAUUGGUGGUGACAGAUCAUCGAUAUUCCCCACCUAUCAUUUCCAUCAACCACAAAAACAAUGUGGAAGUGGGGACCAAUGUCACCAUCCAGUGUUGCAAUCAGGGCUAUGGGGGCAUCAUCUUCUUGCACAAGGACGGGCACUCAGCCCCUCUCCAGCACCAGGACCCCCGUGGCGGGGGCACAGUCACCUUCAUCCUUGUUGCGGUGACCCCAGCUGACAGUGGCACCUACAGGUGCUCCUAUCACCCCAAGGCCUCCCUCUUUGUGUCCUCACCCCUUGGGGACAGUGUAACGCUGGAGGUGACUCCCACACCAGCACCCCCAGGUGCUGAGUUGGUGUCCCGUGGGAACCUGGUGGUGGCAGUGGUGAGGGGCUGCGCUGCUGUCUUCAUCUUUGGCCUCGGCGUCUUCUUUGUCAUUGAUGCCCGCAGCCUCUGGAUAUGGAGAGAUGAGAGUCUGGGUGGGGAAGGGAUUUAAUGGCAUUGAUCUCCUGUACAUCUCCUACACAUCUCCCCAGUUUUCCCCUUCCACUCUUUCCUUUCCUCUGUAGAAUCCACCAGGUGUACCAUUGGAUCCACUGUAGGUUGCCUAUCCAUUCCCUCCCUGCCCCCAUCUUGCCUUUGAGAAUGCUAACCCCUCUAUGAAGCGCCUGCUGGCUACACUCCCAGAAGAUGCUGGGGUUGGAGAAAUGUUGGAUCUUGCUAGUAGGGCAGAGCAACAGCGUAGUGGGCAAGUUAUGGCAAAUGCCAUGGUACAAGCCAUCCAACCCACUGCGAGGCUGCUUGCAGCAGCUGUGACGAGAAUAAGUGGGAAGGAUGGAGGGCAGAAACCAGGGAUAUGUUUCCGCUGAGGGCAGAAAGGUCAUUUUCACUGUGCCGGUCGCACCAAGGUCUGGUGUGAGCAGUGGCAUGGCAAGAUCAGCAUAUAAAUUUGGUAUCAGAUGCCUUAUACGUGGUAGGAGUAGUGCUACAUAUAGUGCAAGCUUUGAUUAAGCUCCCCCAGGACCCAAGACUAGCUCAAUUCUUCUUGCAGGUUAAGCGGGCAAGAGAUGAUCGCUGUGUGCCUUGUAGCAUCCUGCAUAUCAGGAGUCACCUAGGGACCCAGGGUCUAGGAGAGGGCAACGCUUGUGCUGAUGCACUUGUCAGUCCACUACUACAUGCCCCGCAGGAUUCCUUUCAGGCCGCAAGAAGCAGCCAUAACAUGUUCCAUCAGUCGGCUAAGGCACUGAGGCGCCAGUUCGGCCUGACGGGUACAGAAGCAAAGGGCAUUGUGCGGGCAUGCUCUCAGGGUUCACAGCACGGGUCUAGCCUAGGUCUGGGAGUCAAUCCAAAGGGUUUACAAGCCUGUGGGAUUUGGCAGGUGGAUGUCACUCACGUGCCAGAAUUUGGGAGGUUAAAGUAUGUACAUGUAUCCAUUGAUACCUUUUCUAGAAUGCUGUGGGCUAUGGCACAGGCUGGUGAAAAGGCAGCCCAUGUGGUGAGGCAUUUGACAGCUUGCUUUGCAGUCAUGGGCGUGCCUCAGGAGAUAAAAACGGAUCAUGGUCCGGCGUACACGGGCGGUUGGGUUCACAGGUUCUUGCAGAUGUGGGGGGUAAAGCAUGUCACUGGAAUCCCUCAUAGUCCCACGGGUCAAGCAAUGAUAGAAAGAGCUCAUAGAACUGUUAAAGAAUACCUAACGAAACAGAAGCAGGAGGAAGAGAUUGAUCCAGUCGUGAGAUUAUCACGAGUCCUUUUUACCCUUCACUUCCUUAGCUUAGUAGGAAAUGCAGAAUUAGCUCCUGUAAUUAUACAUCAUAGUCAGAUUCGUAUGCAGUCUACUCCCUCAGAGAAGGUUCAAUAUAGGAACCCUACCACUGCCAUGUGGGAGGGUCCUGCUCCGCUACUGUUUAACAGUAGAGGUUAUAGUUGUGUCUCCCCAGGAUCUGGCCCAUUAUGGGUUCCCAGUAAAUGGACCAAGCCAGCCCCGAACAUCAACAACCCAUCUCAACCCGACGACUACAACAGCGACUCCGGCGAGCAAUAGCCGCGUGGUGUACAGACAUCAUCCAUAGUGCCGCGACUGCCAGGCUGCUACCGGUAUUCCCUCAGCAGAUGGCAGAAAACAUCUCAUCGGGAAGGCCUCUUGGCCACUGGGAACUGCCAGGAGCAAUUAGCGGUUACAAGAAUCAGAAGUGCACUAAUUGUGGGGUCGGGUACAGUUAUUGAUCCAGUGCGGGGGCUGUGGUAUUUUUACUCAUCGGGAUACUGAAACUGUAGGUAAAACUGGUGUGCUGUGUGGUCUCAGCUUACUGACGAGGAACGCUUUGUAGAAGUGUGUAGCACAAAUCUAGUGCGUUCUUAUAGACAGUGGUUGGUGUGCUGAUAAGCGUGCCUUGCUUACUGUAAUGCUCGCAAAGAAAUGGUUCAAGAUGUGAUUCCUACUACCUGGCUUGUGCCAAAAGAAAAAGGGGAAAUUGUAGGAGAGUGGCUCAGGGAGCAAGAAUUUGUGAGCUCGAGUGCUAUGUGCACAGCCCAGGCUAUGAGACCUUGAAGCUGUCAAAGCAGGAAGAAGAACAAAGGCUUCAGUUAAGAUAAGGGGGUAGCCAGCCUGGGAAGAGAUCAAGACAGAGGAAUGCAAAGAACAGUGAAAAAAGCCAUGUGAUGAUUAAUGCUGUACAAAUAGCUAGCGAGCAAGACGCGUGAUUUCUGUGUGCUAACCAAUUAUAGGAUGCCGUGUGCACCCUGUAUUUCUAUAUAAGUUUGGGCUGAUUCUGGCAAUAAAAACCCCUUUAGAAGUUUC